CAAAUGGCCCGACAGGUAACCUCAUAACUCAAAAGUUAUAAGUCGACGCUCGGGCUUGCUAAUGUAAAUACCCGCAGAAAAUUAAAGCUGCAAAGAUCAGGCAUGGCCUACACGCUGCGAACAACAACCUCUCGGCGCUGUUUGAUGCCAACGCCGUGGAGGACCUCGAGGGCUCGCAACUGAAGUGAGUGCUCUCAUAAAAUAACAAAGCCGUGCGAUGUUCUCGAGAUGCACCGUGCGUCAUGUUCACUCGCACUCACAGGCAACUGCCGGGCGCCCUCUACAUUGUCGCCGACCCCACCUCCUCCUCCAUUGAAGUCCAUGCUUACGGCUCCAUGGAUGACCCUAUGCUCGUGCCGAGCAUCACGCACCUGGUGAAGUGCGCGUACGCAGUACACCAGCUCCGCCAGCCCCCGCCCAACAUUACCAUCGUCAAGGCCAAGGCGACUGGCACCACCGCAGGGCCAGCACCCAAGCCAGAGUCCUACCUGGUGAGGGAGACGCUGCGCUUUGUGUACCAGGCAUCUCAGGCGCGAUCUGGGGCCGCUGCGGCCCGGGUCCAGCAAUCAGCGGAGUCUGACGCAAGUGACAGCGAUGAGGAGGUGGUCAACCCGGUGGUGGCUCGCAAGGUCCGCAAGCAGCAAGGUGCAACUGCACUCAGCCAGCAGCUCCUGCAGACGCAUUUUGAGCGCUUCAACAUGGAUGGGAAGGGGGCCGGGGAGGGCUCGCUGCUGCUGGUGCUGAAGGAAGAAGGCUAUGGGCUAUCCAAGGCAGCCCUGGCCAGGGCGCUGCGGGAUGCCAGCUUGAGAUGGGGCAAGCUCACGCCGACGCAGCCUGACGCUUGAACAUGCUCGCAAGCGCCUGGCUGCGGCAAAGUUGCUCCGUUCUCGUAAGUUGAUACAUCCCGUCGUGACUGCAUCCGUACUUGAACAGCGCAUUAUGAUGCAGGCGUGGACAAGCAGCCGGAGGGCUCUGGGCGGGCGGUGCAAACGGCACUCAGCAGGCACACCACCAAGAAGAGUCGCGGUGGCAAGGAGGGCCACGGCAGAGAGGAACGCCGCGGUGAUGAUGUGAGCCGCGGUGAUGACGUGAGCCACGGCGGUGAGGCGAGCAGCAGCGGCGAGGCGAGCAGCAGCGAUGAGGAGGGCGGUGGUGAGGAGGGGAGCGGCGGUGAGGAGAGCAGCAGCGGUGAGGAGAGCAGCAGCAGUGAGGAGAGCCACGGCUGCAGCGAUGUCGAUGAGGACGCCCCAUGUAAGAAGUGCGGCGG